AUGCAGGGGCAACAUAUCAAAGGCUCGUCAACCGAAUCUUUGCCAAACAUGAUCAGUCAGAGAGGGAUCGAGGCGAAUCCCGAAAAAAUCAAGGCCAUAAUCGACAUGGAGAUGCCGAAGACACAAAAGGACAUUCAGAGCCUUACCGGACGUGUCGCCACCUUAACACGCUUCAUUUCCAAGGCUACCGAUAAGUGUGUACCGUUCUUUAAAGCCUUGAAAGGAGGCAAACAACAUAUCGCAUGGACUGCCGAAUGCGACAAGGCAUUUCAAGACUUAAAGAACUACAUGAGUAGAGCAUCAUUGUUGUCGAAGCCACUCCCAGGAAAGGUUCUAUUUCUUUAUCUUUCGGUAUCUAGCAAUACCGUUAGGUCGGUGUUGAUACGAAAACUAGAGAAAGCAGAACUACCGAUCUUCUACGUUAGUAAGGCAUUGCAGAACGCAGAGAUCUGGUACCCCUAUUUGGAACAGCUAGCUUUAGCUCUCAUUGUCUCAGCACGAAGGCUCCACCCAUACUUCCAAGCGCACGAAAUCACGGUCUUGACCAAUCAACCGCUUCGGCAGGGUUGUGGAGCUAGUCUUGUGUUAACUACUCUGGACGGAGCCAAGGUCGAAUAUGCCCUCCGAUUCAACUUCAGAACCUCCAACAACGAGGCAAAGUAUGAGGUUCUUUUGGCUGGCCUUAGACUAGCUAAAAGCAUGAACGCGAAGCAGAAAUUCCAGGCUUAUGAGAUUCGACAGAUCCCCAGAAUAGAAAACAGUCACGCUGAUGCGCUGACGCGAUUAGCUUCGACAAUCGAUGACAAGGUCGGGAGAAGGUUGCAGGUGGAAAUCUUAGCUCAACCAAGCACAGAAACUUCCGAAGCACGGAAGCUGCGAUAUCGAUCGACAAGAUGUACAGUCAUCAAUGAUAUCCUUUACAAGCGCAGCUACACAACUUCAUAUCUGAAAUGCAUCACCACCGAACAAGGGGACUACGUCCUUCAAGAGAUCCACGGCGAUGUAUGUGGUGACCAUUCAGGGUCCCGGUCGCUAGCACAUAAGGCUUUUUGGCAGGGAUAUUACUGGCCAACUAUGCAUCAGGAUGCGGAUACACUACUCCCUCAGUCAAAUGGUCAAGUCAAAGCGAUAAACAAGAUCAUUAAGAAACUGUUUAAACGACAGCUCAACAACGCCAAAGGCGCUUGGCCGGAGAAGCUUCCCGAAGCGCUAUGGGCCAGCCGGACAUCCUUCCGAACGUCCACAGGGGAAGCCGUCGUCCCUGUUGAGAUUGGUGAGCCUUCCUACCGAAUGGAAAGUUUUGAACCCAAGGCGAAUGAGGAGGCCCUUGCAUUAAAUCUUGACCUGAUCGAAGAACGAAGGGCGCAAGCCAACAUUCGAAACAAAGCCUAUAAGUAG